AUGGCUUCAACUACUGAUCAUUCCUUCAUUGCUCUAGGACAUGAAGAUAUUGAGAAUUUGGCACUCAAUCCAAAGGUUCAUAAAUAUGCAUCACUCCGUCCCAGUGUAGAAACUGAAAAACUCAAACAGCACUACAAGAGAAAUAUCCCAUUGAACCCAAAACAAUUGAAGGGAGAUUUUAGAGAUAACAAGCAUUCUACUCUCACUGAGAGAGGCGCAUUAUUCGAGGCCAAUAGAUGUUUGAAAUGUGCUGAUGCACCAUGCCAAUCAUCAUGCCCAACAUCUCUUGAUAUCAAGGGAUUUAUCAGUUGUAUUUCUACCGGAAAUUAUUACGGAGCUGCUAAAAUGAUUUUUAGUGAUAAUCCAUUGGGUCUUUCAUGUGGUAUGGUUUGUCCUGUGAGUAAUUUGUGUGCAGGAAGUUGUAAUUUGGCAGCCACGGAAGAAGGCCCAAUUAACAUCAAUGGCUUGCAAGCUUUUGCCACUGAUGUUUUCAGAAAGAUGAAAUUGAAGCAAAUUAGAGAUCCUCAAGCUCCUGCUCUCGAAUCCUUGCCAAAAUCUUAUCAAACUAAAAUUGCACUUGUUGGCGCUGGUCCUGCAAGCAUUUCGUGUGCUACGUUUUUAGCAAGAAUGGGCUACCAAAAUAUUACCAUCUUUGAGAAGAAUGCAUAUGCUGGUGGCUUGAGCUCUUCUGAAAUUCCACAGAACCGUCUUCCGUAUGAAGCAGUUGAAUUUGAAAUCAACUUGAUGAAGGACUUGGGUGUCAAGGUUGAAUACAACAAGGAAUUAGGAAGAGAUUUCACUGUUGAAUCUCUCAAACAGGAUGGCUAUGAAGUUAUUUUCUUGGGUAUUGGUCUUCCAGAUCCAAACAAGGAAAGCAUUUUUGAUGGUCUCACUCCAGAACAAGGUUUCUAUACCUCUAAGGAUCUCUUGCCAGCAGUUAUGGAUGCUACAAAAGAUGGUAUGUGUGGAUGUAAGGCUGGAACUAAGCCAUUACCCAAAUUGUACGGAAAGGUUGUCAUUCUUGGUAUUGGUGAUACUGCUCUCGAUGUGUAUGGAAGUAGUAUUAGAUGCGGUGCUGACAGGGCAACUUUGGUGUUCCGUCGUGGUUUCAGUGAGAUGAGAUGUGUCGAGGAAGAAUUUGAACCUGCCAAGAAGGAAAAGUGUGAAUUGCUUCCAAAUUGUUUGCCAAAACAAAUAAUUUUGAAGGAUGGUAGAAUUUCUGCCAUUGAACUGUACAAAACUGAAAUUGAUUCAAAUGGAAAGGUCGUUAUCGAUGAAGAUCAAUUCAUUAGACUCAAAUGUGAUUUUGUCGUUUCUGCUUUUGGUUGUACUCUCCACAGUGAAAAUAUCAUCAAAUCGUUGAGCCCAGUUGCUGUUAACUCGUAUGGAAGAGUGAAUGUCAAUCAUGCUACAAUGGAAACUUUGGUUAAAGGAAUUUUUGCUGGAGGUGACCUUGUUGGUUCUGGUAUGACUGUCGAGGCAAGCAAUGAUGGUAAAACAGCAUCCUGGUACAUUCACAAAUAUAUUCAAGAAGAAUUGCACAAGUGUACAAAACUUCCAGACGUUCCACAACUUCCAAAAUUCUUUACAGAAAUUGAUAAGGUUGAUUUAUCUGUUGAGGUGUGUGGUGUGAAAUUUGAGAAUCCAUAUGGACUUGCUAGUGCUCCUCCAUGUACUACUGCUGACAUGAUUGAUCGUGCAUUUGAUGCUGGUUGGGGUUUCGCCGUAACCAAGACAUUUGGUCUCGAUAAGGAUCUUGUCACUAACGUUUCUCCAAGAAUUGUUCGUGGCUCAUUGGCACCCAAUAAGGGACCUCACCAAUCUGCAUUUUUGAACAUUGAAUUGAUUUCUGAAAAGUCCGCUAGUUAUUGGUGUACUGCUAUCAGCGAAUUGAAGCGAAAGCAUCCAACAAAGGUUGUCAUUGCAUCCAUUAUGGCUGCUUUCAAGAAGGAAGAUUGGCAAUUCCUCGCCAAGAAAUCUGAAGAAGCUGGAGCGGAUAUGAUUGAAUUGAAUUUGAGUUGUCCACACGGUAUGGGUGAACGAUCCAUGGGUUUAGCUUGUGGUCAAGAUCCAUAUCUUGUAUUGCACAUUUGUAAAUGGGUGAGAGCAGCAACCAAACUUCCAUUCUUUGCAAAAUUAACUCCAAACAUUACUGAUGUUGCUCAAAUUGCUGAAGCUGCUAAGGAGGGUGGAGCUGAUGGUGUUACCGCAACCAACACUGUUUCUGGCUUAAUGACUCUCAAGCCAGAUGCUACUGCUUGGCCAGCCGUUGGUGCUAACAAGAGAACUACGUAUGGAGGUGUGAGUGGUAAUGCCAUUCGACCAAUUGCUCUCAAAGCAGUUUCCAAAGUUGCUAAAAAGUAUCCUAAAUUCCCAAUUCUCGCUACUGGUGGUUGUGAUUCAGCUGAUGUUGCUCUUCAAUUUAUUCAUGCUGGAGCUUCUGUUGUUCAAAUUUGUUCAUCCGUACAAAAUCAAGAUUUUACAGUCAUUGAAGAUUACAUUAGUGGGCUCAAGGCUCUCAUGUACAUCAAUGCUCAUCCUGCAUUCAAGGGAUGGAUUGGUCAAUCUCCACCUGCUGAGAAACUAGAGAAACAACCUUCACUUGGUUUACCUAGAUUUGGACCCUAUGAAUUGAAGAGAAGAGAAAUGACUGUCAAGACCAUCUCUGAAAAUGGAAUUUUAACAGAUCGUGCUGAAAGUACUGGAACUCCAAAAGAAAUUGAACAAGUUAUUAAGGUACCAUCCAUCAAUUCAAUCAUUGGAAAGGCUGUUGAGAGAAUUGGUGCUUGGGGAGAAUUGGAUCCAAAAUUUGAUCAUCAUGUUAUUGCCGUGGUUAAUGACGACUUGUGUAUUAACUGUGGUAAAUGUUACAUGACAUGUAAUGACAGUGGCUAUCAAGCAAUUAGUUUCGAUAAGGAUACUCACCUUCCAAAGGUUAGUGAAGAGGAUUGUACUGGAUGUACUUUGUGUCAUUCCGUGUGUCCUGUCAAUGAUUGUAUUGAAAUGGUUCCAAGAAAGUCUCCAUACAUCUCAAAGAGAGGAAUUACACCAGGAGAAUUCUCUUCUGAAAAUGUUUUGAAAUUUGCAAUGACCUUUGACUCUCAAGGAUCUGUUGCUCAUGACCUUCACGAAUAA